CUUUUGCUUUGUCUUAGAAAAGAGCCAAAUUAAUUAUGUGCAGCGGCAGCAGCAGCACGAUCAAAAGAGGAAUCGACGAUGAUCCUGUCGCCAGUUACUGUCUGUUAUGUUCCCUGUUUCUGUCAUCUGUUUCCGUCGAAUAUAUAUUGUUCUCAUCUAUAUCCUUGGCUGGCGUGCCUCUGUGGUAAUAGCAAAAUACCGGAACAACCCGUUUCAUACUCCAUAAUAUUAUCUUCCCCGCGUUCAAUAUCGCUACUGCUUCCGUUUACUCCUCUUUCUUUCCGCCUCUCCGCCGGAGUUUUACUCUUGCGCUUCUCUUCUAUAAUACCUCGCCCUCCUCCCUCUUCUCACGAUCUCUUGUUCCUCGGCAUCACCUCCACCUCCUGCAACGAAUAUGGCCACCGGUUUCUCGCACGAAGAAGAGCUCGAGCUCGAGCAGCGCGAGCUAGCCGAGCUCUACAACGCUGAGCUGAUCCCGGGAACUGAGAUCAUGCGCGACCUGCCCGAUGUGCGAUUCAUUCGUGGAAGUAACGGUCAAGUCCUCGUCCCCCAGCCUCACAACCACCCGAACGACCCUCUCAACUGGACCAUCUUCUGGAAGCUCAUCACCGUCGUCGGCGUCAUGCUCGUCACCAUGAUUAGCGCUUUCGGCCCUCUUUCCAUCAGUCCACAGGUCGACUACUAUAUGGAAGAGUGGGACCGCUCUCUUGCAGACGUCCUCCAGUUUUCUGGAGUCUGUAUUCUCGUCCUUGGCUUCUCGAACUUCCUUUGGAUCCCCAUCGCAACCCGCUUCGGCCGUCGCCCCGCCCUUCUUCUCUCAACUCUGCUCGGAAUCGGUGCCAAUAUCUGGCGUGCUCGUGCUACCAGCUACCAGUCCUUCAUCGGUGCUUCUGCUGUACACGGUGUCGCCGCAGGACCAUCUGAGACCUUUGGACCUCUGAUGAUUGCCGAUGUCAUUUUUCUUCAUGAUCGUGGAAGAUACAUGGGAAUCUACUUGUGGGGCUACAUGGGCAUGCUCAUGAUCGGACCCACCGUCGCUGGUCGCAUGACUGAGCUUUACGGCUGGCGCUCUUUCUGGUGGCUCAACACCGCGCUCUACGCCUUUUUGCUGGUCUUCUUAAUGAUCGUUCCUGAAACAAAGUGGAACCGGAACGCUCCCGAUGAUUUCUAUACAGGCGGAGAAAAAGCUUCGGGGCCGGCCAGCAGCGACGAACAGCGCUCGCAGAACCCGUCAAACAACAAGACAGAGGUUGACGUUAUGGAUGCGCCCAACAAAGAGGACUUUCCUUCACCAGUUGACGAGUCAGCUAGAAGCGCCGACCCUGCAGCCAUUGAGCAUCACGACACUUACCUAGGCAAAGGAAAACCCUGCCGUGAUCAGUUCUCUUUCUACCCUAAAGUCGCCCGCGGUUAUGAUGAAGACAUCAAGCGAUUAAUUCUCGUGCCGUUUGAACUUUUCGCAUAUCCGAUUGUUGAGUGGGCCGCAUUUGUCUAUUCCUUUUCAGCCUCCUCGUUCUUGGUCGUCAACCUCACUGCCGCGCAAGUGUUCAGCGCUGAGCCCUAUAAUAUGACCGCAGGCCAAAUCGGUUAUCUCAACUUUGGUACCUGGGUUGGCGCGUGCUUCGGCCUAGUUACCUCCGGUCCUCUAUCAGAUUGGCUCUCUAUGAGAGCGACCACUCGCAACAACGGCAUUCGUGAGCCGGAAAUGCGUCUCCCAACAAUCAUUCCCUAUACGCUUCUACUAAUCGUUGGUAGCACAAUAGUCGCUGUUGGCUACGAGAAUCAAUGGAGAUGGGAAGUUAUCGUCAUCGUCGGCUACGCUUUCCUUGGCGCGCAAACCGCGUCCCUACCUACCAUCGCCCUGACCUAUGCCAUCGACAGUUACAAACCUGCUGCAGGUGAUAUCCUUCUGAACGUGACAAUCAACAAAAAUUUAUGGGGCUAUGGUGUGUCCAAGUUCUUGACAUCUUGGAUUCUCAGCAGUGGCUUUGUACCUCCGAUCAUCACCAUUCUCGCACUCAACAUCGCUGUCAUGCUACCCGGCAUCCCUCUCUACUUUUACGGAAAGAAAGUCAGAAAGUGGUCGAAGAAUAGCCAUCUUCACAAGAUGUGAAUCGGGGAAGUUGUUUCUUGUGGUGAUUUUAUGUGUUCCAGCUUUCCUGAUUGAUUGAGAGUUAUGUCUGUCGACUUAAAAUUAUAUCUGACUUUGCCUCCUUGCCAUCUCUGUAAUAAUAAUAUAUGUGUAGCCGUACACAGGUUACCUUUAAAUACACUUUGUACCAAACGGAUGACUUUACCGAUGCACAGAU